CGUGUUUAAAAGUGGCGGGCAGUAACAACAUUCAUUUCAAAUAUAUUUCUGGGAGUAUACGGUUCAGGAAAAAUAAUAAUCAAGUUGUUAACUGGAAUCCUACACUAUGGCAAAUGAGGAUGCAAAGGUGAUCCCAGUGCGGGUCGCCUUGCGGUGUCGUCCAUUGGUACCAAAAGAAAUCAAUGAAGGAUGUCAGUGCUGUCUCAAUUUUGUGCCUGGGGAGCCACAGGUGAUCGUUGGUGCAGAGAAGGCGUUCACCUAUGAUUAUGUAUUUGAUCCCACUGCUGAGCAAGAAGAAGUCUACAGUUCUGCUGUGUCCCCCUUAUUGUGUGGGCUUUUUAAAGGCUACCAUGCCACUGUACUCGCAUAUGGACAGACAGGAUCAGGAAAGACCUUUUCCAUGGGAGGAGCAUACACAUCAGCUCAAGAGAAUGAUCCUUCAGUCGGCGUUAUUCCACGAGUCAUCCAAAGGAUCUUUGAGGAAAAGGAAAAGAGGGCUGACUGUAAAUUUGGCCUGGCAGUGUCUUACCUGGAGAUUUAUAACGAAGAUGUGUUAGAUUUGCUGUGCACAUCUAAAGAUAAACCCGCCAUCAGCAUUCGGGAAGAUCCUAAAGACGGCAUUAAGAUUGUGGGUUUAACUGAGAAGAAGGUGUUCUCUGCCCAUGAGAUGGUGGGCUGUCUGGAGCUCGGAAACUCUGCUCGCACCGUUGCCUCCACAGCAAUGAACGCCGCCUCGUCCCGCUCGCAUGCUAUCUUCACCAUCACACUGGAGCAGCGCAGAGGGGGAGACAAGGUUGACUCCAUUGUUUCAAAGUUGCACCUUGUGGAUCUGGCUGGUUCAGAAAGACAAAAGAAAACCAAAGCAGAGGGAGAUCGUUUAAAGGAAGGCAUCAGCAUCAAUCGAGGCCUUUUGUCUUUGGGUAAUGUGAUCAGUGCUUUGGGCGACGAAAGCAAGAAAAAUACCUUUGUUCCUUACCGAGACUCCAAGCUGACUCGCCUGCUACAAGAUUCUUUGGGAGGCAACAGCCACACUUUGAUGAUUGCGUGCAUCAGCCCUGCAGACUCAAACAUGGAGGAGACCAUCAACACGUUGCGAUACGCUGACAGAGCUCGCAAAAUUAAAAACAAACCUAUUGUCAACAUCGACCCCAGAGCUGCUGAAAUGAGCCGUUUGAAACAACAGGUUCAGGAGCUGCAGGUGAUGCUUCUUCAUGCCCGCGGAGGAGUUGCCCCAGUGCUCUCUGGGCCCGAGUCAACGGAGAAAGUGAGCAAGCUGUUGGAAAAGAACCGUUCUCUGCAGGAUGAGAACAAUAAACUGAGCAGGGAGCUGAGUGAGGCUGCAGGACAGACCGCCCUCAUGUUCGAGAAGAUCAUUAUGACGGAACAAACAAAUGAGACACUCCAGAGUAAACUGGAACAACUGCGGCACCAUGCAGCAUGUACAGUGGAUCUUGAGAAAUUAAUGGAGACUCUGGAGGAUCAGGAGUUGAAGGAUAACAUCGAGGUGAUGAGGAACCUACAAGACAUCAUCCUGGAACUCAAGAAUGAGAGUGCAGGCAUCGCUGCCUCCAUCGAUGCUAUGGCUGCAGGAGAGGAUGAACCAGAGAUGUCAGAGAGUGGCGGCAAAGAUGCAGCAGAUGAGUCCCCAUCAGAUAACGCUGCUGCUGGUAAGGACUCACCAGAGGGCUUUACAGCCCAUCAUGCACUGCGACAGGCCCAGCUCUCCAAGGAACUGAUCGAGCUCAACAAAGUGUUGAGUCUGAAGGAAGCUUUUGUGAAGAAAAUGUGUCAGAAUGACAGCCAGCUGGAGUGCAUGCAGUCAGAGCAUCAGAAAAACGUACACAGUCUCCAGUCGUCAGUCGAUUCUCUGCAGAAGGAGAAAGAGGAACUGAUUUUGGCACUUCAGUCUGCAAAGAAAGACACCAACCAGGCUAAGCUUAGCGAACAGCGCAGGAAGAGGCUGCAGGAGCUCGAGGGCCAGCUGGGAGACAUGAAGAAGAAGCUUCUUGAGCAGUCUAAAAUGCUGAAAAUGAAAGAGACCUCUGUUCAGAAAGUUAGCAAGCUUGUGCAGGAAAUCCAGGCUAUGAAGACUCAGCGUACACAGCUGAUGAGACAGAUGAGGGAGGACUCUGAGAAAUUCAGAGCCUGGAAGAGCAAGAAGGACCGAGAGGUGCUGCAGCUCAAAGAAAAGGAUCGUAAACGUCAGUAUGAGUUGCUGAAACUCGAGCGGGAUUUCCAGAAACAGGCCAAUGUCCUGCGUCGCAAAACUGAGGAGGCUGCAGCUGCAAACAAGCGGCUGAAAGAUGCUCUUCUGAAGAGAAGUGAGGUAGCAGACAAACGCAAAGCUAUCCACAACAGAGGAAUGGAGGGAGCUGGUGCAAGAGUUAAGGCUUGGCUUCUCAAUGAAGUGGAGGUCAUGGCGAGCACAGAGGAGGCCCGGCGCCACCUCAACGACCUACUGGAGGACAGGAAGGUCUUGGCUCAGGAGGUCAACCACCUCAAACAACAGAUAGAGGCAGGGGAGCGAUCAUCUGCCAAAAUCAGGCGCCGGACGCUGAUUAUCUCUGAGCUGGAGAGCCAAGGAGCGAUGGAGACUCCUGUGACCAAACAAGUGGAGAACCUGGAGACAGAAAUGGGCCUCAGGAAUGCUCAGAUAGCUGACCUGCAGCAGAAAGUUCUUGUUGCAGACAGCGAAGGACGUCUGAAACAGCGCUUGGACAGCAUCACAACUAUAGUUGAUGCCAAGUGUGCUAUUAAAGUGCUGAUGUCUGAGCUGGUCUCCACUAAGUCAGACAACGGCAAGCUGGAGAGCGAACUCAAACAGGAGAAAGGGAACGCACAAGAUUUAAGAAAGAUGAUGGCUGAUGAGAGAAAUGUGAUGUCCACCAUGGACAUGGAGCACCAGCAGCAGCUGGUGGAGCUGGAGCAGAGCCAUCAAGAUAAGGUCCUUUACCUCCUGAACCAGCUACAGAACAAACCUGUUUGUAGAGAGUCAGAUGAAAUGAAGAAAGAGGAGGAGAGUUCAAGGGAGAUAGAGCUGCUGCAGCGCCUCAAAGUUCAGGAAGAAGAGCUUGAAAAACUGCAACAACUAAGUGAACAGAACCAGAAACUGGUGGAGGAGAAUGAGCAAUACAAACAGAAACUGUCACUGCUCCACUUGGCAAGUACAAAGAAAAUCCUCAUGCCUAUGACCAACGCUAACAGUCCAGAUGACUCAUUUGAGUAUGUUCCUCCAAAGCCUAAAGCGAAGCGCUUCACCACAGCUAAAGCACCCGCAAACAUGACCAUCGAGAUUGAAGAGCUGAUGUCUCCCAGUGAGGAUGAGAACGAGGAGGAAGAGGACGAGUGGCGUCCCGUGAAAACUGAGAAAAGUCGCAGAAAUUCCAAAAAAACAAAAGCUACUGGGUGUGCGUGUAAAGGUCGCUGCAGUAACAAGCAGUGCAGGUGCCGCAAAGGAAAGAUGACAUGUGGCGAGAACUGCCAGUGUGACCAUGAGAAAUGUCGAAAUAUGGACAACCAGGCACCUUCUGAGGAUUCGAGUCAACCAGAAAACGUUUCCAGAGAUUCCACAUCCAUCAGCCCUGACAACUCCACCUUCUUUAAGCGGCCUUCCUGUACACCCACCAAGAAGGUGCUAAAGGAAAUUGGAGACAUGGGACAUGUCACCGCAGACCUGAACUCAGCGGGGAAAUCUGUCUUCUCAGAUGAAGAGGAUGAUGAUGUCGAUGAGGACGAAAAAACAACUGCCAGCUUCCUCAAGAAGAAGAAAAGGAUCUUGACGAGUUUUCAGAACAGUUUUUUCUCUGGCUGCACUCCCAUCAGAGAGGAAUCUUAGUCAGCACAGAGCAUGGUGCUUGGUUUUUUAACAUUAGGUGUCUUUGUUUAAAUGUUUUGUCCUGUUUCAGUCUGUUUUUAUAUGUGACUAAACUGUUGUGUUACUGUAACUUGAAAGUAGCUGUUGAUUCUAAAACACUUCACUGUUUUUCUGUAGAGGGUCAUAAAAGGACUGUGAAUAGUAUUGAAUUAAUUACUGGAACACACAAUGAGAUGAUCAAGAAGCCUGUACAUAACUUUUAGUUUCACAUUCCUCAUAGAGUUAGAGUAAAUUGACUUUGCUAAUAUGUACAAUUAGUAGUCCACAAACUGAUCAUUAUAACACAACAUUGAGGUUUUUAACUGUGCUUUAUUAUCAGAGCUGAAUAAAGUCUUACAGCCAAAUCUUGGUUUCAAG